AUGACGAGUUUGACAAUAGACGCAUCUUUGGAUACAAGCGGUGCAAUGGCCACUCUACAGCAAAUAGGCCUCGAAUUAUUCACACCCUUUAACGCUCUGUUCACCGCAAUUCAGACUGCAUCAUCGGCAGCGUGUUGUGAUCCAAUCGCCGCUGUCCUAACAGCUCUGACAACCGCAGAGGGAACUAUCAACACUGCAAUGAUUGCUGCUCAACCUUUGCAAGCUAUUCUUAAGGCAACCACAUACACUUCGAUAGUCACUAGUUUGCAAACUAUGUUAGACUCAACGUCGGCCGCUGCUGAUGCUUUUACUAACCUUCAAACGUUGCUGUUGGAAGUUGCAAGUACAAGUCCUGCAUACACAGCGUCUACCGUCACAAAAGUUAUUACAUGGAACAUUGGAUCGUCCGUCGCUACACCCCUGAAAACUCUAAUUGGUGGCGUAACAUCUGCCACUGCCAUAGGGACUGCCAUCGUUAAAGAUAUAAAAACCGCGGCAACUAUUGUUGCCAAAACAAACACAGCUAUUAACAAAGGGGUAACCGCAUUAGUCAAACCCUGGACGGCUUUCACUAAAAGCGUGAACGACGCCACUGCAUCGAUUACUAAGACCUCAACUAGUUCCAUUGCAAGUAUCUCAACAUCCUAUAACGCAGUUUUGAUCAAGGCUUCCAACUACAAUGGCGGAGAUAUGUCCGAUCUGACCACCUUCCUGGCCACCUUUCCAGUUGUGAGCCAAACUACACUCACUACAGUAUUGACCGGUGCAACAACUGCUCUAAAUGCAAUUAUGGACGCUCUAACUGAUCAGGAAGCGAUAAUAAUACCGGCCAUUGUCGAUGCAACUAAAACCAUGAUUUCUACGGCCUUAACCAGUCAGAGCAGUUUUGCCGUCACCUGCUUAACCAAGUAUUCUGCCAUACUGCAGGGCAAUAGCGUAUCGAUGUCACGGUUAUCGGGCUGUGUGUCUUCCGAAAGCAGCAGUGUUUCGAUGAUGGUAUCGACAGUAUCACAGGAACUUGCUAGUAUAGUUUCUGCCUUCAGCUCGGCAGCCGCCAGGCUGAACCUCUGUACGGUUCCCAAUGGGCAUUGCAGUGAAGUGAUUUUCGCGUCGUUCGAGGAAUUGACGAACCGCGCCACGGAUAUGUUCGGCGCAGCCGCCACGAUUGCCACGGUUUAUGAUGCUACGCUAACGCUUCGUGCCAGUACAUGUUUAGCAGCUGUCUCGGGUGACAUUCAGGAUGUGAUAACACAAACUGCCGCGAGUUUCGAUACCUGUCUCGUAACAGCCCAGAUAAAAACUGCAAUUGCACCUAGUGUUAAAGCAUUGCAGACAGCAAUCACGGGAAUAACGAUAGACCCAACUUUGGAUACAAGUGGAGCGUUGACCGUUCUGAAGCAAUUAGGUACCGAUUUGCUAACUCCUAUUACCGGUCUGUUCACCGCCAUUCAGACUGCAUUAACAGCACCCUGUUGUGAUCCAACUGCUGUACUUACUCCAGUCCAAACAGCGCUAACAGCCGCACAGGCAGCUAUCACAACUGCACAAACAACUGUGCAACCUUUGCAAGCGGUUGUUAAGGCCAGCACAUACACAUCGUUAACCUCUGGCCUGCAAGCUAUGUUAGACGCAAUUACAGCCUCCACUACUUCUUUUACCAAUUUUCAAAUGUUGCUAGUCCAAGUUGCAAGUGCAAGUCCUCCGUAUACAGCGUCUACCGUCACAAAAGUUAUUACAGCGGACGUUGCAGCGGCAGUGGCUGCACCGCUAAAAGCUCUAGUUAGUGGUAUAUCAUCUGUAAGUGCCGUGGUCACCACCGUCAAUAAGGAUGUAACAACCGCCGUAUCUAUUGUAGCGAAGACAAAUACAGCUAUCAAUAAAGGAGUAGCCGCAUUAGUCAAGCCCUGGACCGCUUUUACUAAGGCCGUGAAUGAUGCCAUAGCGUCGAUUGCCAAGACGUCAGCCAGUUCCAUUUCUAGUAUCACAUCAUCGUACAAUGCUGUUUUAACCAAGUCUACCAUGUACAAUAUGGGAGACAUGACUCUUCUGAACACCUUCUUAGCCGCCUUUCCAGGCCUGAGUCAAACCACACUCACUACAGUACAAACUGGUGCAGCAGGUGUUCUAAUGGCAACUCUAACCGCUCUAACGGACCAGGAAGCGCUAAUAACACCGGCCAUAACCACGGCAGUUAACACCAUGAUCACUACGGCCUCAACCAGCCAGAGCAGUUUUGCCGCCACCUGCUUAAAUAAGUACUCUACUGUGCUGCAGGGCAAUACCGUAGCGAUGUCACUGUUAGGGGGCUGCGUGACUCCCGAAACCAGCAGUGUUUCGAUGAUGGUAUCGACAGUGUCAGCGGAACUUGCUAGUAUAGUUUCUGCCUCUAACGCGGCAGCCGUUAAGCUGAACCUCUGUACGGUUGCGAACGGGCAAUGCAGUGUAGCGGUUUUCAUGGCGUUUACGGACUUGGGGACGCGCAUCAUGGACAUGUUCGGCGCCGCCGGUACGAUUGCCACGGUAUUUGACGCUACGCAAACGCUUCGUGUCAGCACAUGUUUGGCAGCUGUAUCCGCUGACAUUCAGGAUGUGGUAGCGCAGGCUCAGGCGAGUUUCACUACCUGCCUCACAACGGGCAAAUAAAUAGACCAGCUUUGCGACGGCUAGACUGAUUUUGCUUCGAACAUUUCCAAAAAAAAAGUGUCGGGAAUGAAAGAUUUGAUAAGGAUGAAAUUUUAUGCCAGGGUAUGGCAAACCUUACAAAAACAACGUUUGUAACCGAAGGGUUUGUACCCAUGCCAUGCUCAAUAAAAUCAUUUUAAGUUUGUAUAAAA